AUGGGAUUGUUGCUCUCUGUUUGUUCGGAAAUUAUCCAGGAGGUAGAUAGUUACAAACACCUUGGUGUCCUUCGCUUAGUGUCUUCUUCUGGCUCCCUCAGAAUCUCGGGACGCUGCUCUGCGGGUAGGAGUGCCUUCUUUGCCCUGAAUUCUGUGGGCGCGAGGUUCGGCUGCCUCCACCCAAUCACCUCUCACAAGCUUUAUUCCUCACUCUGCCUUCCAAUUAUGCUCUAUGGAUCAGAACUCUGGUCCCUAACAAAGAGCGAUCUCAACAUGUUGGAGAGAACUCACAGGAAACUACUUCGCACAAUUCAAGGCCUGCCUACAAGAUGUCCGUCACUCGCCCUCACCAGCCUUAUUGGCUCGUUGGAGAUCUCGGCAUUGGUGGACUGCAGACAGCUCUGUUUUAUUAACUCUAUCGCAUGCAUGUCUUCAGAAGAUCUCCCGAAAAAGAUUAUGGUAGAAAGACUUCUCGCCGACUCUCCAUCAGGUCUCUUAAAAACAUGGUCCACACUAGUCUUAUCUCGUUGCUACCCUUCACUCUCGUCUAUGAUCUCAAACGGGAAAAACAAAGGGUCUUUUAAGACUGCUGCAAAGAAAUCUGCACUAGUCACACAAUACGUCAAGAUGACAGACACAUGCACAAAUCUCCCUAUCUCAUCCCUCCCCGCCCUUCUAGGUCGCCCUUCGAUGCUAUGGUCAUGCUGUCAGCUGGAUCGUUCUAUGCAUGGCCCCUCAAAUUUCAGAAUCAGGCUCCUAGUGGGCUGUGACGGGCUCGAGCUGGAUGCGUCCAGGUUUAGAUAUCGCAACAGAGGAAAUAUCUCUCCCGGUGUUGCAUCGUGCAAACUAUGCAACACUGAAGAAGAAUCACCUUCACACUUUUUAGUAAGUUGCCCUGCUCUCUCAAUGCGCAGACUUGCUCUCCUGCAGGAUGCCCCAUCCUGCAUCAGUGUUCACCUCCCCCACGACCCAAGGGCACUACAUGACACCCUCUACAAUCUCCUGCAAGGCCUUGUCUGGCUGAAAGCUGCCCAUGCGCAAGAGUGGCUCUUGCUCUUCAUCAAAGAUCUAAGGCAAACCUAGUUGGGCGGAGUCCAACCAACGCUGCGCUCUGGGUUGGGUAUCAGUACACGUAGCAGUUUUGUUCCACCGGUACUUGAGACAGAGUAUGAAUAUUGUUUAAUCUUUAAGUGGCUGACAACCGCAUGGCUCAGGGGUGCGAUAUAAAGAAAUCAAUUAACUAUUUGGAUGGCUAUUCUAGCUGACUGGAUCUAGCUAUAGUUGUUUUGGAAUUCAAGAAAGACCUCAGACUCUUAGAGAAAGUAGAAGAAUACUUUAGCCUGUAAUAUAAGAUUUAGUACAGGCAGAAAUAAACUUUUUCAUAAUAGUUAGACAUCUAGCACAAGGAGAGGUACAGCCAGCUAUAAGACUACCCCAAGGCUUCUGAGAAGCUUUUCGAAGACCAAAGAAGGCAUACAUAACACAGGUUUUGUCCAAACUAAUGAUCUAAUCUUAUUGGUAGCACAACAAAACUUAAAACAAAGACAAGUCCUUUUAAUUAAUUAGUACAUACUGUUCAAGCUU